AUGUCGUCCACGUCCGAGGGAUCUGGCUCAAUUCGUCACCCUGUUGCAUUCGCCUCGUGCUCUAUCGGGCUACCUCGGCACACGCUCCAUCAGAAAAUCGAGGCUAUUCGCGAAGCGGGCUUUGACGGUAUUGAGCUCUCUUUUCCCGAUCUCCAAGCUUACGCAAGCCGCCAUUUUGGCCGCGACGUCGCCGAAGAUGAUUACAGCUCUUUGUGCGAGGCCGCGAAGGCAGUCCAUGACAUGUGCAUCGGGCACGGCUUGAAGAUCCUUGUCCUUCAGCCGUUUUCCAACUUUGAAGGCUGGCCAGAGGGAAGCCAGCAACGCCAAGCGGCUUUUGCGAGGGCAAAGGCAUGGAUCGACAUCAUGGAGGCCGCUGGCACCGACAUGUUGCAAGUUGGGUCAUCUGACUCAACGGACAUGUCCAAGGACAUGGACCAGAUUGCCGCAGAUCUUGGAUGCUUGGCCGAUAUGUUGGCAGCACGGGGGUUUCGACUUGCUUAUGAGAACUGGUGCUGGGCGACCUGCGCCCCGACCUGGAAGGACGUCUGGUCCACCAUAAAGAAAGCCAGCCGGCCAAACAUUGGCCUCUGCCUUGAUACCUUUCAAACGGCAGGAGGCGAAUGGGGAGAUCCGACCACGACCUCGGGAAGAAUCGAGGCUGAGGGAAUCACGGCGGUUGAUUUGGCAAGGACCUACACGGCCAGCCUCGAUGAGCUGUCAAGAACGGUGCCGGGCGACAAGAUCUACUUUUUGCAGAUCAGCGAUGCGUACCGUACGGACCCGCCUCUCGAUCCCGCACCAUCCUCGAGUUCUGGGCUCAGACCUCGGGGUCGAUGGAGUCACGAGCAUCGACCGCUCCCGUAUGUCCUACCCCUCUGUGUGCUCCAUGCUCUUGGCAGCCACAAUCUACCUUGGUCACACUAA